CACUUGACAAAUGAACGAGGCGGUGGAAACGAAAAGAACGAAUGGAUUCCGAUCGAUUGGAAUUGUGCGGCCAACAAUUUUCGGAGCCGGAUAUUGUCGAGUCGGUUAGUAAAUCUCAAUCUCCCGUGUAAAACGAAGAGCCGGGAGAGAUGCUAAGAGUACGCUCGCGGGAGCGAGAGAAAAGGAGAGGGAGAGAGACAGAGAGAAAGACGCACGCGCGCGAUAGCGACGCGACCCGGCGACGGGACGGAUGAUACUAUGCGUCGACGACCGGCGACGCCGUCGCACAUGCGCGUCCUAACGCGUCCCUGUUCGUUCACCGAUUUCGAUUUUAGUCACUCCCGGGUUCGGCUUCGGAGAAAAUCGUCUCCCGGCCCUCGCGUAACGCACGGCCACCGCCCGAAUUCGUACCGACUGCGAACGUUAACGAUUUCGCUGUUUAGCGAUCCGGAACGAGGACAUCGACGAGAGGGGUAGCGCGUGGCCGAUCUCCGUCCUGUGGACCUUUUUUUAGGAGGAUAUAUCGUAGAGCCAGAGGAAGAUUCACGUCGACCCAAUUUUCGGCGGGAAGGAAAAAAAAACGGUCGCGACGACCUCUACGGACGACAUUAGGGAGAGUCUCGCGAUGAAGCAGGAACCGGAGGACGAGGAGGAUUGUUACUUCGACGAGUCGAGUAUACCGUCGACGUCGCCGCCGGCCUUACUCCCACCACCGCCGACCUUGGCGCCGUCGACGACGACGACGACGUCCGCGUCGUCCGGCCGGCACGGUAGCGUCACGCACCGAGUGCGUUCCCACGCGCGCAGUUUACGCGCCAUGGCGAAUCCCAGCGCUGUCUGGGCGCACUUCGACCUGUGCGCUAACGAUCCGCUGCGCGCACAGUGCCGUAUCUGUGGGGCGGUCGUGGUCAGGGGCGGCGCGAAUCCGCGCCAAUGCGGCACGACGAACUUGCAUCGGCAUCUUAGGGUACACCACGGCGGUAGGCUGAUCGGUCGGCGAUACCACGUUUUACAAUCGACGUCUCAAAGUAAUACAACUGCUAAAACUAUAAGGAUAGCUACGCAGUCCUUAGUGAGACCUCAUAUUCGUAAUAUUGCGCCAGCGCCGCUGCCUCAACAACAGCAAUCACGGCAACCAAAGACUCUUGUAUUAAAAACUAUUCCACUGAAAGUUAAGCAAGUCGCACCUACGACUAUCAAAAUGCCACCGCGACAAACUAAUCAAGGAUUACCACAUAAUGUCGUCCAUCAACAACCUACAGAAGUUUGCUUGAGGUGGAACAGUUACCAUAGUAAUAUGCAAAAUAGCUUCCCAUCGUUGUUAGAUACAGAACAGUUCGUCGAUGUGACCCUAGCAUGCGAAGGGCGAUCUUUGAAAUGUCACAAGAUGAUUUUAUCUUCAUGUAGCGACUAUCUGGCAGAUUUAUUACGGGAGAAUCCGUGUCAACAUCCUAUUAUUCUAAUGAAAGACCUGAAAUUUUGGGAAGUAGAGGCCUUGGUUAAAUUCAUGUACCGUGGAGAAGUUAAUGUAGCUCAUGAUAAGCUGUCACAAUUGUUGAAUGCCGCCGAAGCAUUGCAAGUCAAAGGACUAGCUGGUCCAAGUCCCUCAUCCCAAAACGCAAAACCACCAUUACUUAUACCUCAAUCGAAGCCAUUAUCGUCUCAACUUGUAGUUCCUAGAGGUAUUGCAGAAACCAAAGAAAAUAAAGCAUCACCUCCGAAAGUAUCUACGUCUUCUAGCCCUAAACGUGCGCAAAAGCGACAACAAUCCGAAUCUAUAGAGCCAAGACCUUUCACGAAAAUACGUUUACAGCGACCUGUUACACCUUCGUCUCCGUGUGCAACCGUGAAGAUGGAGCCUUUAGAUAUACCUCUUAGUCCGACGGAGAUAUUUUCACAGAAUAAUGAAGAUGUUACACCUUCCUCGGACUUUGAGAAACUUAUGAGCUUGCAUGAGGAAGAUGAUCCAGGUGGCGAGGAAGUCAAUGAUGGUGAUGAGAGAUUACAUUUUUGUGAACUGCCAGGUCCACCGGAUUUAAACGAUAACGAAGACCAAAUGGAAUUUGUACCUACUGAUUUCUUAGAACAACAACAAGAAAUUGUCGAAGAACCGGAAUCAGGUUGUAAUAGAGACCGUAUUAAAAAGGAUUCUGUCGAUUAUGCUUCCGUUGAUGUCGGGGAAGACAACGGAAUCUCCCAAAACACCAUGCAGCCGUUAAAAGAAAAAAAAGCGGCAUAGUAAAAUGUAAGAAUAUCUUCAUGUAACGAAUCAUGUGCUACAAAUUUUGAUUUAUAUGAAAAUAUCCGUGAUUUGAUUUCUCAAUAUCUUUAAAAUGACGAGGCAUUUUUUAUUACGACAAAAUUCAGAUUUAUUGAGAUAAUACACUAGACGACAUAUGUGUGUGCAAUCAAAUUAUAAAGAGAUUUUUAUUUUCUUGGAAUCUAUGUAUCAAAAAUACUUGACAGAAAAGUUGCUCCUUUAUUUAGUGUCUUGUGCAUCAAACUCUAAUAAAAGAUUAAUAUUUUAUCAUUUA